AUGGUUUUCCAAGCUGGAAGCAGAGGUGGCCGUGGUGGCUCUAGAGGAGGUGCCAGAGGUGGUUUCGGCGGCCGUGGUGGCCGUGGUGGCGCCAGAGGUGGUUUCGGAGGUGGCCGCGGUGGUGCUCGUGGUGGUGCCAGAGGCGGUUUCGGAGGUGGCCGUGGUGGUCCUCGUGGCGGUGCCAGAGGUGGUCCCCGUGGUGGUGCCAGAGGUGGCGCCAGAGGCGGUGCCAGGGGUGGUGCCAAGGUUGUAAUUGAGCCUCACAAACACGCGGGUGUUUUCAUUGCCAGAGGUAAGGAAGAUUUGCUGGUCACCAAGAACAUCGCUCCUGGUGAGUCCGUGUACGGGGAAAAAAGGGUUUCUGUUGAGGAGCCUUCCAAGGAAGAUGGUGUCCCUCCAACCAAGGUGGAGUACCGUGUGUGGAACCCUUUCAGAUCCAAGUUGGCUGCCGGUAUUAUGGGUGGUCUAGACGAGCUAUUCAUUGCUCCAGGUAAGAAGGUGCUGUACUUGGGUGCCGCUUCCGGUACUUCUGUCUCUCACGUUGCCGAUGUUGUCGGCCCAGAAGGGUUGGUGUAUGCCGUUGAGUUUUCUCACAGACCCGGCAGAGAAUUGAUCUCCAUGGCCAAGAAGAGACCUAAUGUCAUCCCAAUCAUUGAGGAUGCCAGACACCCUCAAAAAUACAGAAUGUUGAUUGGUAUGGUCGACGCAGUCUUCGCGGACGUUGCUCAACCCGAUCAAGCUCGUAUUAUCGCUUUGAACUCCCACAUGUUCCUAAAGGAUCAAGGUGGUGUGGUUAUUUCCAUCAAGGCCAACUGUAUCGACUCCACCGUGGAUGCUGAAACUGUUUUUGCCAGAGAAGUGCAAAAGUUGCGUGAAGAACGUAUUAAGCCUAUGGAGCAAUUGACUUUGGAACCUUACGAAAGAGACCACUGUGUUGUAAUUGGUAGAUACAUGAGAAGCGGGUUGUAA